AGCUCACACAUAUUCAACGACGAAAAAGGAGGGAAAACAAGCCCUAGAGCGAGAGCGCCAUUUUCUUCGACUCCUUGUUCUUUUGAGCUCCACAGAUUUCAAACAAGCCCUUGCUCGCCAUUUCGGAACCAUGAGCAUCCCAGUUAACCCGAAGCCGUUUUUGAACAAUUUGACUGGAAAGACUGUGGUUGUGAAACUCAAGUGGGGGAUGGAGUACAAAGGCUUUCUUGUCUCGGUGGACUCGUACAUGAACUUACAGCUUGCCAAUACUGAGGAAUAUAUCGACGGACAAUGUACUGGGAGUUUGGGAGAAAUAUUGAUCAGGUGUAACAACGUUCUUUACCUUCGCGGAGUACCGGAGGAUGAAGAGAUAGAAGAUGCCGAGCGUGACUAGCAUGUAAAUUUUUAGCAGCUUUUUGAUGGCGUAGCAGUAGUGAAGUUUUAUGAUGUUAUUGAUACUAUUUAUGGCAUCUCAAGGGACAGGAACACUCCAAUUUGGUGGAUUUCAAAACCUGCAACAAUCGGUUUGCUAUCAUACAAGGAUGUUUUUAUUUUUAAAA